CUCAUAGAGUAGUUGGGAAGAUGAAUCACCAUAGAUUCGUAAUAUGCAUAAGCCUGCUUUUCAUUAGUUGCUGAAGUAUAAGACCUCAAGAGACUCGAUAGCCCAAAGGACAUCUGUCUGAACUAAGGCCUUAUACUGGUCCUUCCCUCUGAAGUUGAAGUAUUAGAGUCUAUCUAUCUGGAUGAGCUACAGGUGAUGAAAGGGAAUGGCAGAUCACCCUGGGAGAUCUUCAUCACUCUGCACCCUGCCACCGCAGAGGUCCAAGAUUCACAGUUUGUCUGCUUUACUCUGGUUCUUCGGAUUCCAGUACAGUAUCCCCACGAGGUGCCACAGAUCUCCAUCCGUAACCCACGAGGACUUUCAGAUGAGCAGAUCCACAAGAUCUCACAGGCCCUGGGUCAUGUGGCCAAGGAAGGACUAGGCACUGCCAUGCUCUAUGAACUCAUUGAGAAAGGGAAGGAGAUUCUCACAGAUAACAACAUUCCCCAUGGUCAGUGUGUCAUCUGCCUCUAUGGUUUCCAGGAAAAGGAGGCCUUUACCAAAACACCGUGUUACCACUACUUUCACUGCCAUUGCCUUGCCAGGUACAUCCAGCACAUGGAACAAGAGCUGAAUACACAGGAACAGGAACAGGAGCGACAGCAUGUUGUCACCAAGCAGAAGGCAGUCGGUGUGCAGUGUCCUGUGUGCAGGGAGCCCCUCGUGUAUGACCUUGCCUCGCUGAAAGCAGCCCCUGAACCCCAGCAACCCAUGGAGCUGUACCAGCCCAGUGCAGAGAGCUUGCGCCAACAGGAAGAGCUCAAACGGCUGUAUCAGAGGCAGCAAGAAAAGGGUGGCAUCAUCGACCUUGAGGCUGAACGGAACCGAUACUUCAUUAGUCUUCAGCAGCCUCCUGCUGCCCUUGAACCGGAGUCAGCUGUAGAUGUCUCCAGAGGACCCCAACCACCUAAUGCCAUUUCUGCAGAACAAUCUACUUCCCUAGCUGCCCAAUCAACUCUGCCAAGUCCUCUACCCAUGGCUACCCAGUAUGUAUAUGAGAAGACUUCAGGAGCUGGGCCAAAUCAACAGAGGCCGAGUGAGACCCAGAAAUCCAUGCUAGAUCCUCCACGACCUGGUCGUGGCUCCUGGCGACAGUAUGACCGGAGGCACCCAAAAGGAGGGGAGUGCUGCGCUCCAAAAGGUACCAGUGAAAUCCAUGAACUGCCACCUCCUGAGAAGCCUCUCAAGGAGACUGUGGACUUAAAGGCAGAACCCCGUAACAAAGGGCUCACAGGUCAUCCUCAGGAGAAGGGGCCUGGUAGCUGGCAGGGUCCCUCAGCUCGCAGGACUCGGGACUGUGCUCGCUGGGAACGCUCCAAAAACCGUACACCGGGUUCUUCCUAUCCCCACCUACCUCGGGGCCAGGGAGCAUAUCGGUCUGGUACUCGCAGGGAGCCCCUGGGCUUGGAACCUGAGGAAGGUUCCUAGCAGUACUGUUGGGGGACAGGGAAUUGGGGUGGGAGGGAGGCAAUAAAGAGAUUUGACCUUUGCUUAACAGCA